AAUAAAAGGGAACCGGUCCCCCUUGCACACUACUCCGACUUGACGAUAGUGUCCAAGUCCAUCAAAGAGGUUUCACAACAACAAAGCCUGUUGCUCACUGCAGCACAUCGCAUCACUCAUACUCUCACACAUCCUCCUCACACAUACACACACAUCAGCAGCCAUGUACUCCCCAUACGGCUCUUACUCCUCCACGUCGGCGCCCAUGGAGAUUGGCGCCGGCAGCUAUCUGUCGAGGCCGCAGCACCACUUCUCCGACACCAGCUGCGCCUUCCCCUCUUGGCCGCGCCGGUCCUCGCUCUCCGAGUCUGAGCGUGGCGAGGAGCGCGCGACCUCGUUCCUGUCCGACGAGGAUCUCUUCCCGUCCUCGCCCGAUGUCUUUGACGACGAUGCCCGCAGCGUCUCCAGCAGCGGCUCGUCCUCGGCCGGCUCUCCCAUCCCCGGCCGCCUGCCCAGCAACAACAACACUAGCAGCGACCGCUACGACUACUUUGACGCGCCCGCCGCCGCCGAGGCCGACGAGGCUCGCCUCGAGGCCCGUAGGCAGCAGAUGCGCGCCUACCAGCUCGAGGCCAUGCGCCAGGCCGUCGAGGAGAGGGACAGGCGCCGCGCCGCCAUGAAGCAGCGCCAGCGCCGCCCCUCCGCGGGCUCCAAGAAGAGCAGCCCCAAGGCCAAGGGCACAGCCGCCAUGAUGGCCCCCAUCGCCGAGUGAAGGAAGCGACGGCAACGUUGCAGAGGCUAUCAACCAAGUGCACCUCGGCCCGCUGCCGCCUGCGCUCCUCCUCUCACCUUUGUCGCAUCCUUUUGCGCCGCGCGCGGUGGAGCUCUACCACAACCACCCAUUCAAUUCUUAAUAAUCCAACCAUCCUCUUCUAUGAUACCCCUUUUUUACGACACCGUCCUGUCAUCCGGCGAUGACACCCCGAUGGGCGCAUUUUGCUUUUUUUUUUUUUUACCUGUUCUUUAUUUUCAAUCCAUUCCAUCCCGGUUCUCCGGUCAUUUCUUUUUCAACCCACCACCCGCUGCCGCACACAUGCUUGUGCAUCGGCCGCCCUCGGGUUUGACCCUCCAUCCUUGGCGCCCGAGACAUUCCGCGACCCCCCACACACACCUUAUCGCAUCCACCUCGGACACACGUGAGCGCAUGCAAGCACUCAACAAGUUCCAACCAACUCGGCCAUUCUACCAUCUCCUUCCAAUCUAAUCGCCCUCCUCGGCAAUUCUCCCCAUGCCGAGUCCCUCUUGACACCUCUCGGCCUACCACGGGGUGGGGUCAUGAGAUUCUAUCCUACACAUGCGCGGUGUCGGGCAAAACACUACAACAACCACAUCGGGCCGCAGAAACCCAACCACAGCAUAAAUCGCGCUGUGGGCCAGCCUGGUCGGGCUUUCACCUCCUCACACUUUGAGGGGCAGGGUUUUUGGCGGUGACUUUUUUAUUUUUUAUUUUACUCACCCCAUCCCCGCCGCCACGUCACAACACGUGCACACCCCUCAUACCCCAGGUGUGCACUUUCCUUUCAACGAAAGAGUCAUCGCUAUCAUCCAAACAAUCUUUUCCUUUCACUGUUACUAUUACAUAUCAUCACCACACCCUUAUGCGGGAAUGGUUACUGGGCAUCUUUUCGGUUAUGGGGUUCUGGAACGGACAUACAAAAGCAUCUUCUUGGCUUCCUUUCCUUAUUCUGUUCUACUAUACCAGUAUCUGCAGCUUUGUUUUGGCAUCGGACGGCCGCCCCGCCAUUUAAAAACCCCGUUUCAGGGCUUUUUUUUUUGGCGCCGUGGAAUCCGCGGGAACACAUUCUGGACAUGUUUUAUUUUUGGGACAGGGAUCUUCACCAUGGACGGUAUCGUCCCAUCAGCAUUGUUUUUUUCUCUCCUUUUGGCAAAGGCGAAACGCCCUCAGAGCCUGGAAUCAUUUUAGCAACAUCAUUGGCAAGCGCAUGAUACCCCAAAAUCUUUAAGUAGUUUUAUUUUAGCAUAGCAGCGUUUUCUUUUCACACAAGCCUGACAUUAUUACCAUCAAUAUUAUUCCACACGCACACAAACCAAAACCCAUAUCUUGGCCCUACGAUCAAACGUGACAACCCCCUG